AUGCUGGCGGGGAGCUCUGCCGUGGGGGGCGCGUCUGUGCGUGCUCCCCUGUACAGCACGGCGAAUAUUUUGUACAUCAAGAAUCUAUCGCCGUUGGUGACCGGGGACCACAUUCGCCAGAUCUUCUCGCACUGCGGAGAAAUCCUCACCAUCGGCUUCAAAGCCUACACGAACAACCCUGCGCAGCGCUACUGCGUCCUCGAGUUUCGCGACUCCGCAGGGAUCACAGCCGCAUCCCAGCUCAACAACACGCCCCUCCUCAAUGUCCCCAUGGUGGUGACGGUCGUGGAGCCCGCGGGAGGCGGGACCUUCAUCGCCCCUCCGGAGGCCCUCGCGACCAGCGGCUCGGGCUCCACUGCCGCUUCUCUCGAGGCCCUCGCGAAACAAGCAGCUCUGAAUGUCCAGCAGCCGGUCGGCUUGGCACAGCCUGCGGUUGGCGAAGGCAUGCGGCAGCUCCAGCAGCUCCAGCAGCUCCAACUCCAGCAGUUCGAAGCCAACAGCGCGGGUGCCCUCGGAGCCGGAGCCCAACUAGCGACCGCGGGCGCGGUCGCGGCGCUGGGGGGACAGGCCGGAGGCGCCGCGGCUUUUGGGGCCAUGCCGCUAAACAGCCAAAUGAGCGUGGUCGAAAUCGCCAUGCAGAACCACCUCAGCAACUUGCAGGCGGUUCAAUCAGCAGCUCUGCAGGCGAAAAUCCUCGCCGAGAAGAAGAAGACGGAGUUAGGCCUAGGUGUCUCCAUCGGCCCCGGCGCCGGCGGUCUCCUUCCCGCUGCGGCCUCGCUGGUGACGGGGUGUCCCUACAAGGAGACGGAGCUCCAGCAGCUUGGGCGCACUCUGUUUGUCGAGAAUUUCCCCGAGGAGUAUGAAAAGGAAGAGCUUCGCUUGCUGCUCCGGGACUUCGGGAAAAUCUCCGACCUCCGCGUGGAUCAGCAUCCAGAGAAAAAAUCCAAGUUCGCCGUCGUCGAGUUCGAGACCGCUGAAGAGGCGCAGUUUGUGCGAGGCAUGGACGGGAAACCGAUUGGCAACCUGACGCUGACCAUCAAGGCAUCGCAGUCUCUGGUGACCUUCCGCGACCCAGACGGCGUUCUCUUUGACGUCCCGCCGCCGCCGAUUCUCGCCGUCUUGAAACAGCAGCAGACUCCGGAGGCGCAGCAAGAAGCGUUGCAGAACAAGCUGAAGGAGGUGAAGUACGCGAAAAUGGAGAUCGAGGACAAACUGAAGGGCCCCAACGGCCUGAAGAGUCGGCCGAAGCGCGAGAGCAGCCGAAGUAGAGCGGGGGGCGGCUCUGGGCGAAGCCUCCUGCGCGGCAGAGACAGGCGCGGCGCUUCGUCGCGGUCUCGGUCGCGGCCUCUCCGGAGUUCGUCGGGACGCAGAAGGAGCGUAGACAGACGCGAAGAAAGUCGAAGGAUGGGCUCAGAGGGCGCCAAGGACAGGGUGCUUGCGGGUGCGUCGGGGGCCCUGAGGAGCGUAGAACAACGACGGAGCAUCAGUCGCUCGCCCGACGACGCCGUGGACGAGAUGCGCCAGGCCCCGACCCCCAGCGCACAGAAGGCCGAGCAGAAGGGGGACGACCGGGAGGUGUCUAUGUCCCCGAGGGCGACGGACCGAGAAGGCGAGGGAGGGAGCGGAAGAAAGGGCGGGAAGCGCGUGAGUCGGAGUGUGUCUCAGGACGCAGGUGCUAGGAAGCUCGCGGGCAGUGGAGACGUUUUGGAAAAGUCGCCGAGGGAGACAACUGGGCCUGGGGAGGCCCCCUUGAGUGUCAAGGACGAAAAGAAGCCGGGUCACGCGGGCGAAAACGGCGUCGCGUACGCGGAGGAUGCGAGCGGCGGGCCGAGCAGUCCGGGGUUUGCGCCCUCGACCAAAGACUCCAAGAAGGAAAGAGACGGUAGGGGCCGCGAGUCGCGGAGCCCGAGGAGGCAGGAGGGGCCAUCGAGCAAGAGAGGCGAUUUCAGCUCGGGGACGUCUCGCUCGCCGUCCACGGAGCGCCGGAAGACACUGAAAGACAGAGAAAUGCCCAAAAGGGGCGUGGACGCGUCCCUCUCGCGCUCGCCCUCCGGCACGCGGCGCAAGGCCCCGAGCUCGGGGCCUCCUGCCCAGCGGGGGGCGGACCCACGCCGUCCUUCUUCGUCCUCACGGUCGCCGCGCGGUCGCAGUAACCCUCGCUGGCGUUCGUCGUCUUUUUCCAGGAAGAAGGAAGACGGCCGCGACCUGUCGCGGGAGAGGAGUGGCAGAGACGGACCGAGGCGACCUUCUUUGGACGGGAGACGAGGGGGACCAGGAGACAGAUGCGCGAGGCGCUCCGGCUCGAGGAGACGCUCGUCGGUUUCGGACUCUGACCGCAGCUCUUUCUCCCCAGGGCGCCCGAGGCGAGUGCCGCCAGGACUCCGCGGCCGGCGCCGGCUCUCUGGAGACGAUCGCGACCUUUCCUCCAGCGAGCCUGGAGCAGCCUACGGCAGGCCUCGGCCGCGGGGGUUGCCGGCACGACCUGACUCGGGCGAGCGCGGGUCUCCGUUUUCGCGCCGGAGGCGCCGAAGUGUCUCCAGAAGUGGAGACCGGAACUCCGUGGAAGACGGCAGGCUCAGCAGGGGAGGGAGUCGGAGCCGAGGCCCUGGGCGCCCCGGGGCCGGUCGUCGCGGGUCCAUCCGACUGGAAGAGGAAAUGAGAGACAGAGACGACGACUACCCGCACCGCGGGGGCUUUCCGGGUUCGCGGGCCCGAGGAGACAGACGCGGCGGGGCUCCCUCGCCCUACAGGCCGCCUGGGGGCAGAAAGGCCGGCAGUCGUGAGCCUUCGUUUGGGCGCGAAAUGCACCCGGUCGAGAGAGGAGACGGACUGGGAGGUCGGAGUGGAGCGCGCAUGCCAGUCCGCGGCCGCCCGAGUGGAGCCCAACUAGCGGAUACAGCCAACACGUGGGGCGGAGGCCCCAGCCGCCAGGACAAGAAAGGGCCGCUAGGUCAAGGAGGAAUGGGGCCUCGGGGUGAAGAUGGAGUGUUCGGGCUCAGAGAAGGGCCAAGGGGACGAGGGAGACAGGCCGGCAGGCGAAGGCUAGGAAGAAGAGGCAACGAAUCUGGUGACGAUGGAGGGCGCGAUGCACGAAUGGACAGAUACAAAAGCCAGUCAAGGUCGUUGAGUGAGGACAGCGACUCUUCGUCGUCCCCCGUCAGUGCCCGUGGCGAGAAUGGCGGCGCGAAGUCCGGAGGACCGUGGAGCCCCGUCUCGCGUGGGGCGCGCGCGGGGCGAGAGGCGGACCUGGGGGACGGUGAAAAGUCUUCGCGCGCCGCGCUGGAGGCGGGCACCAGGCUCGAAAGGGAGUCCGGUGGGAGAGGCCCUCAGGGGACAGGUGGAUCGACGGAGAGAGGGGGCGGCUCCGUGGGAGACGGCCUUUCUGGCGCGAAGGAGACAGGAGUCUCCGGGCCCCAUCCCAGCCGAGCCCAACCUAUGAAUGCUUUGUGUGGGGGCCGCCCCGGGGCUUCGGGUACCUCUGGAGGGGCAUGA